GUCAAAAAGCAGGUGAACAUUCUGUUUGUUUACCUGAUGAGAGGAAAACAGACUGAUUGUUUAUCACUUUUAAAAAGGUAUUUUUCCGUUGUUAGCGCUGUUAGCUUCUAGCCACCAUGUUGAGAGGGGCCUGUGAACUCUUGUCCUCAUUUUCCUGCUCAGCCAGAGAUUUAAAGCACACAAUUUACUCUUCACUAACGGUAUCCUACAUGUUGUUGCUGCUGUUCAUUGAAUCCAUAUUAACAACAAGAGAUGCAUUUUAGACAAAGACGUGUUUUUAAAGCUACACCGACGCAUCUAAUGAAAAUGAUCAAAGUUAUCAGGAGUACAUUUGUCUGAGAUCGGAAGCUGGAGCUCGAGGUGUAAGAGGACGUCUGCAUUCAUUCACACCGCAAACCCUGAAGAGCAUCCAUCCGUGCGAGGAAUGUCUUCCUCCGCUGGACUCCUCCCAGAAUGCAUCGGGGCCCACCGAUACAACGACCCCGUCGGGCUAAAACAGAUGCAGGUAUUUUAGUAGGAGGCCUCGGGUCCUCCUGCUGGCAGGCGCUGAGUGCCGUAUGCGCCCGUCAGAUGAAGUCACAAACAUCGCGACUGUAGUCGACUCCCACUCGCCGGGCAGCACAGACGGGCCUUUAUGUGGACGAGUACCAGCUGGUACCACGGGCUCCUCGUCCUCCCACCGGGGGACCUCAUUCGCCGCUGCCCUCUGAAACCGGGACAUGGAACUGACACGGAGGAGACAACCCGCGGACGCUGUCCUCGGGUGCGUCCUCGCCGCCUGCCUCUGCGCGGCCUGUGGGGCAGAGAGACUGUGCACGGUGCCUCCGGGCCCCGUCACGGUGCCGGAGAACAACACGGCCGACGUGGAGCUGGUGAGGAUCGUCUCGGGGGCCGAGGUCGCGCUGAGGGUCACGGUCAACCCGGAGGACCUGUUCUACCUGAAAGGAAACGCCCUGAUGGUCAAGAAAGGACUGGACUUCGAGUCGUUGCACAGCGUGGCUCUGACCGUGUGGGUGCAGUGCAGCAAAGGAGGCUCCAGAUCUGUGAACGAGUCCGUUGAGGUUUUGGUCGAGAACGAGAACGACAACCCUCCGAACUUCGCCCAAAGCCACUACGUCCUGGAAGUGAACGAGCUCACUCCAGUGAACUCCAGCGUGGGGCUGAUAGAAGCAUCCGAUGUGGACUCCGAGCCGCUCUACUAUCGCUUGGAGCCAGCAACGGAUAAAUACUUCCGUCUGGAAAACAUCAACACUCCAAAGAUAAUUGUGAAGAGCAUCCUGGACUACGACGUCGUGCAGAAGAUCUCCCUGGUUCUACACGUGCAGGACACGCUGGACGGCUCGGCCUCUGACCGGCCUUUCUUCACGUCCGUGGCCACCAUCACGGUGCAGGUGAGGGACGUGGACAACCGGCCUCCCUGGUUCCAGCCGUGUCUGAGGACCAGCUCGGGCAUCGCAAAGCUGUGCGUGAGCACCGGCUACAGAGGCAAAGUCAAUCUCACCGAGAAGGAGGACGGGCCGUUGGUGCUGGAGCCCGGUCCGGUGUUCGCCAAGGACGGAGACAAGAACCGCAGCGAGCAGAUCGUCUACAGAAUCCUUCGAGGAAAUGAGGGAAAUAUUUUCCAGAUUGACGAGGAGACGGGAAACAUCUCGAUGGCUAAAGCCGCCGACAUCGUCGGCCCAAUAACUCUCACUGUUCUGGCGUCGCAGGUCACCAACAGAGAUCAGUUCUCGGUGACGCAGGUGACCUUUGACGUGAUGAAGAAGAGCCGAAACCCUCCUCGCUUCGAGAAGGAGCGGUACGAAGGGUUCAUCUACAGCAACUCCGUCCCCGAGAGCAUGAUCCUCCGGGACCGGAGCACCAACCGGCCCUUCAGGGUCCGGGCUCGGGACGAGGAUUUCGCCGCCGGCGCCAAUCCAGAUCUGAAGUACGAGGUCCAGUACAGCAGCUACGUCAACGUGACCUCGGACGGGUUCGUGGUCCUGAAGAGAGUCGUGAAGACGGAGUCCUUCGCGCUUCAGCUGAGAGCCGUGGACGCGACCACGGGGGAGUUUGGGACUGCAGCACUCUCUGUUCAGGUCAUACCAGCGGUGGCCACGCCGUCCCCCUCCAGCGUGGGCUUCCGGCCGGGCGACAUGGCGCUGCUGGGGCUGGUCAUGGCGGCGCUGCUGGUGCUCUGCCUCAUCGUGAUCGGCUUCCUGGUCUCCCGCCUGUGGAAGGGGAACGCCGGCGUGGACAAGAUAUGCGAUUGCCUGGGCCCCUGCCUGAAGUCGGCCCGGUCCGGCCACCGGGACUCUCUGCAGUACACCAACGACGGCUUCCAGACCGAGGGCGACCCGAGCCGCGGGGGGGGCGGCAGGCGCCUGACAAACGGCCCGCCCGGGCGGGGCGCCUUCCCUCAGGCGCGAGGCCGGGUCCUCCCCAUGGAGAGGCGGGGUCGCCAGUGCUCCUCCUGCGGCGUCCACACCAACCACGUCGCCAAGGGGAGCCCCUCGCCCCGCAGGCUCGGUGGGGACGGGGGCGAGGAGUACGCCAAGCGGGUCGCCCUGAACCGGCAGAGGAGGAAGGAGGGCCAGAAGACGGUGUGGUUCAAGGAGAGCGAGGACUCCUCCGACAUCGAGGUGGAGAUCAUCCCGGACACCGUGAGCCCGGUGGAGGAGGAGACGGAGGAGGAGCUGGGUAUGGAGGGCGUGGUCAGGGACCCGGCGGCGCCGCUCAGAGAGCCCGAGGAGGUCCGGAGCGCGGAGGAGCGGGACCAUGGGAACGCCGGCUCGGGAAAAGAGAAGGGAGGCCAGGAGGAGGAGGAGGGCUGACGGAGGUCAGAGGUCAAACUCCAGUUGGAGAACGAAACUGAGCCGUUUUGUCUUGUCGAAUCGGAGACAGCGGCGUGCGGCAGGGAGGUCUCAGAGGUCCAGGACCACCCUUCCAACCCCUCUGGAUAGCUGCCAGAACCUCAAGAGCACACUGAAAGGUCCAAGAAGACACUUCUCCAGGCUUUAGAAAAUGCUUAAAACACACACUUCAGUACCAACACACACACAAACACAAGCACUCACAGAUUAGGGGUCUCCUCAUCUUCCCAAAGAGGAAAACUCCAACUCGGGUGGAAAAGUUUCCUUUUUUUUUUUUUUAAGACUGGAACGCUCGUUGGACGUCUCUGCAGAAACGUCCUCACGUUUCAAUCAGGGACCUCGAUGGUCAGAACUACUGAAGCCUGAGGGAAAAAAAAGCCGGUCCAUGAGUCACUUUCACAGAAAGGUUUACAUGAUGCACAUCAGGGCUGCAAAUAACUUCUCACCAGCAAUUCAUCUGCAGAUUAACUCUAUUAAUUAAGUCAUUGUUUGAACGUGACUUCACGUAAGACCCCCCCCCCGGAGUUAAUCAUUUGACACUUUACAGGGUACUUAUGUCAUUGAUCAAAACAAGUUCCUGUUUAUCAUGGAACACUCUGUUUUUAACUCUAAUACUGAAAUACUUUUAGCGAUCUGUUACUAAGUUUGAAUGACUGGUUAUUAGUCCAGAAGUUAAUUGGAGCCUAAAGCAGAAGCUCCUAACGACUUAUUAUCUAUGAGUCACUACAGGAUUUAUUAACCAUUAAUAAACCCAUACGUUUUUUUGGUUUAUAAAGUGGUGACAAAGAUGUUAUUGUAACAUUUGAUGAAAUAUUGAUUUAUGUGGCAUUUCAUUUCAUUUGUUGAGAAGAGAACUUCCCUUCUGCUCAUUUUGUGUGUUUAAGGGAGUUCAGGACAUUUACAGUGUAUAUUU